UUUAUUUUUAUACUUUUAUGUUUGUCUUUUUUUGUUAAUAAAUUUAUAUUACCUUCAACUAAUGUAAAAUGGUACUUAUCUUUGUUAAUUCAAGAAGGUAACAACUGUUUGCCAUUCAUUCAAGCUAACAUUAGUAUAGAUUGUAGUAAACUGAUAGUAAAGCGAAGUUUGAAAAAUAUAAAUUUUUUCAGGAUAUGCAAAAACUACGAAAAAUAUAAAAUAAAAAAAAUUUAUUCAAAUUCUUGGUGGAACAAAUUGUGUUUUGCUGUGGAAUCACCAAUCUAUAUGUUUUUAGUUUUUUUUUAUAAUGCUUGAAUUAUGCUUUAUAACUUUUCAUAGGGUUUUUCUGCACUGAAUUGGAUAAAUGGUUGAUGGAUUUGGUGCCAUAUUUAUUAAAAAAUGAAAAACGGGGGCAGGGGAGCAGAACACAAUUAUAUAUAGCAUUGCUUAAUUUUCUUUCAAAUCAAAGAUGUGCCAACGGUGUUGAGAACAAUGGCUAAUUUAAGUUGAUUGAUUGAUAGUUUUGCAGAAAGACUGACUUGGUAAGACGCUGAAGCUGAGCCAAAUAUGAACCCAGCUGGAAAACUGCUCCUGUUCAGGAAAGCAGUGUCAUAACGAAUUGGCAUGCCGGCAGUAGCUUUAUUAUGCUUUUCAAAUUUAUCAUUGGUGUAAAAUUUUUAAGCUUUAAAAUUAUCUUUAUCAGGCCUGAUUUAGGCUAUAAAUUCAGAGGCUUUUCAAUAGCCCAGUUUGCAACAUGGAAUUCAGAGGCUUUUCAUUUUUCGCUUUGAUUAACGUUUGUGCCUGCCUUCUCAGUACAAAACUGGGUUACAUAUCAUUUUACACCAUAUUCUCAUAUUUUUUUUAUGCAUUUUUACGUCCAGUAGUUUUGACACCCGUAGCAACACGUGGGCACCAUUGCUAGUUUUCGGGCUAAAAGGAAGUCCUUGAACUAAAAGGAAGUCCUUUCGAGUUUGGACGUUGGACCGUGGGUCGAGAAGAGAAGGCUAAAUUUGAAAAGCUUUGUAGAGCGGCUGAUUGAAAAGCACGGGAAAGAAGACGACGGCCGUCGCCAUGUCGUCGUAGAACCGCAAUCGUUGUCGACUUGAAUCAUGUUGCUCCAUAAAUCAGGGCCCCCAAAACCUGAGUGUCCUCUUUCCAUUCAACUUUUCGACCCUCUGGCUUCCAGUGGUCAAGUAAAAGAACCUAGUAUGUUGCCUCAACCCGCACCUACUCCACAGCAGUGCUCUCAACUUUGCCAUCCCAACUAUGCUCUCGACAAUGUUGCCUAUACAAAACUUGUCCAACACGCUACCAAAACUGGGUCUUCACUCCAUGGAAAACUUGCCCACGCCCACAUCAUCAAAACCUCCUUUAAGCCCUGUAUGUUUUUUCUCAACAAUCUUCUCACCAUGUAUUCCAGGCUCGGAGAAUUCGACAGUGCACGCCACCUGUUCGAUAGAAUGCCUAAGCGGAAUCUCAUUUCGUACAACUCCUUGAUUUCUGGAUAUAACGAGGUGGGUCUGUUUGAUAAGGCAAUGGGUGUUUUUAACGAAGCAAGAAUGGCUGGUUUAAAACUUGAUAGGUUUACUUAUGCCGGUGCUUUGAGUGUGUGUGGUCAAAUCGGUGAUUUUGAGCUGGGUAAGCUGGUUCAUGGAUUGAUAGUCGUCAACGGGUUGGGCCCAGAAGUUGUUCUCACCAAUUCUCUUAUUGAUAUGUACUCUAAGUGUGGCCGAGUUGAUCAUGCUAGGAAUUUGUUUCAGAGUUCAUAUAACUUGGACCAUGUCUCAUGGAAUUCCUUGAUUGCUUGCUAUGCUCGAAUUGGUGCUAACGAGGAAACAUUGACCACUCUAGUGAAAAUGCAUCAGUGUGGGUUGAGCUUGAAUACCUAUACACUAGGGAGUGCCCUCAAGGCGUGUGGCAAAAUUCUUGACAAUUCAGGACUAUUUGGGAAAAUACUUCAUGGGUACAAUGUCAAACUGGGGUUGGACUUGGAUGUUGCAGUAGGAACGGCAUUGCUUGAUAUGUAUGCAAAGACUUGUGGCUUAGGCGAGGCGAUACAAAUAUUCAAAUUCAUGCCUUACCGCAAUGUUGUUUUGUAUAAUGCCAUGAUUGCGGGGUUCCUCCAAAUAGAGACCUUUUCUUAUGGACAUGCAAAUGAAGUGUUUAAUCUUCUAUCAGAGAUGCAAAGGCUAGGAAUCAAGCCAUCAACAUUUACUUUCUCAAUCAUAUUGAGAGCUUGUAAAUCGGUUGAAGCUCUUGAGUACGGGAAACAAGUUCACACUCAAGUCUACAAGAAUGACCUACAGGGAGAUGAAUUCAUUGGAAGUGGGCUUAUUGAUUUCUACUGUUCUUUGGGUUUAUCCAAUUAUGCAUUGAGAUGCUUUAACUUAACUCCUAGGCCAGAUAUUGUCUCGUGGACAUCCAUGGUUGCAGGUUAUAUCCAAAAUGGGGAAAUUGAAAGUGCAUUUGAUUUAUUUUAUAGACUUUUGGAAUCUGGAAUGAAGCCUGAUGAAUUCAUAAUAUCAAGCAUGCUGGGUGCGUGUGCUGAUUUGGCUGCAGCAAGAUCUGGAGAGCAGAUCCAAGGAUAUGCUGUAAAAGCUGGAUUUGGGAAAUUCACUGUAGUUCAAAAUUCACAGAUAUGCAUGUAUGCAAAAUCUGGAGAUAUUGAUUCUGCUAAUUUUUCCUUUACAGAGAUAGAGAAUCCUGAUGUGGUUUCCUGGUCCGUGAUGAUAUGUAGCAAAGCACAGCAUGGAUGUGCAAAUGAAGCCUUGAAUCUUUUUGAGUUGAUGAAGAUUUGUGGAAUUGCACCCAACCACAUCACUUUCCUUGGAGUUUUGACUGCAUGCAGUCAUGGAGGACUAGUAGAAGAAGGUUUACGAUAUUUUGAAACAAUGAAGAAAGAUUAUGGCAUGUCAACCAAUGUAGAGCAUUGUGCUUGCGUUGUUGAUCUCCUAGGUCGUGCAGGAAGGCUAGCAGAUGCUGAGAAGUUCAUUUUCAACUCAUCUUUUGAGGAUAAUCCAGUUAUGUGGCGAGCCUUGUUGAGUGCUUGCAGGGUUUAUAAGGACACUGUUGCUGCAAAACGUGUUGCAGAAAAGCUAAUUGAUCUUGAACCUCAAGCUGCUGCAUCAUAUGUUCUUCUGUACAACAUUUACAAUGAUGCUGGGAUAGAGUUACCGGCCAAAAGAAUUAGGGAACUGAUGAAAAAUCGAGGAGUUAAGAAGGAACCUGGUCUAAGUUGGAUAGAGGUAGGAAACAAAGUUCAUUCUUUUGUUAGUGGCGAUCGGUCUCACCAAAUGGUUCAAUUAAUUUAUACUCGGUUGGAAGAAAUGUUGCGUAAGAUACAGAAAAUAGAUUGUAUUGUCGUUAAGUUGAUUACUUCUGAACCAGAACUUAAGGACAACAAAGUGAACUACCACAAAAAGUUAGCUGUGACUUUUGGAAUUAUCAACUUGCCACCAUCAGCUCCAAUUAGGGUGAUGAAGAAUUUGAGAGUCUGCUGUGAUUGUCAUACAACAAUGAAGCUCUUCUCUGAGGUGGAAAAAAGAGAAAUAAUCCUAAGAGAUCCUAUUCGUUUUCAUCAUUUCAGAGAUGGUGCUUGUUCUUGUAGAGAUUAUUGGUAGCUGCAUUGUGUAUGUAAUAUGUAUUGAGAAUUGAGAUUAUUACCUGGAUACCUGGAUAAAUGCUCUCUUGUGGAAGUACAAGAGUCCUUCGGUCAAAACUCAAAGACAGAAUAAAUGGAUCCUAUUUGGAAGAAGGUACAUGGGACGAAGCUAAAACAGAUUUGGAAACAUCGUAUGGGAAACCAGUUUGGAUUCAUCGGUACACAAAUAUGUCAAAGGAGCCUGGUAUAUUUAGGUUUCUUCUCCUAAAUGUGUCGGUUUUUGUUCUUCCUCGUUCAGAUUACACAACUUUACUCAAAAGUCCUAAACUGGAUAUGGUGUUUUUCUUAAGAUGCCAAAUCAGUUGCAAUUCCUCCUAUGGGAUUAUGAUUGUUAAAAGGAAGGUCCAUAUUGUUUAUGAUGGAGACGCUUGUUGGAGAUUGAUCUUCAGGCCAAGCAAUUGACCUCAGAAACUUAUCUAUAUUUCAGGUGAUACCUAUAUCCUUGAAGAUGCUACAGUUAAGAGCAAUAUUACGGUUGAGUUGACUCCUUGCAGCCACCGAAGUAAUUCCCUAUAUAACCAUCUCAUGUGCAACUUCCGGAAGGAGAGCAACCUUAAAAAAGAGGAAGGCUAGUUUCUUCAGAAAGCUGGAUGAGAUCACAACUUUAUGCGGGGUUAUUGCAUGUGCUGUUAUUUACAAUACUUCUGAUACCAAGGUGGAUGUGUGACCUUCCCACAGGAAGCAUUUUAUGUACUCGAAAAAUUCAAGAAUUUACCUGAAGAAAGGCAAGGUAAGUUCAUGGUGGAUCAAGAAUCCUUUCUUAAGAACAAUAUAUCCAAGCUGAAUAGACAAUUGGAAAAAGAGAGAUUUAAGAAUCAAGAACUUGAUGAGAAGCUGCUUUUGAUUGAAUACCUGGAACUGGAAGGUAAGAAUUUUCUUGAUCCUGGUCGUCUUGAAAGUUUGAUCAGACUUGUCAUCAAUUGGAUAAAAAAAUUGAUUUCACUACGAAGCGGAUUGAGUUCUUCGAGGGUGUGGGGCGCAACCAAGUUGAUGCGGGAGUUGGUUCUGAAGAGACGGUGGCUAUUUUGGUGUCUGGAGGUGUAGUAAUUCAACCAAUUCAAAAUAAACUUUGUAAGCAUAGAGCAUAGUGUUGAUGAUACAGGAUUAUGACUCUUUGAACGGCUUACAAGGGCAAAUCACUCGUAAGAUCACACAGUAUGCCGCUGUUCAUUCUGAAGCUUAGUUGCCUUCUAUGGAAGAACUAACGGCUUCAAAUGAUCGAAGGCUAGUCCUUUCUUGUAGGCAUAUUUUAACAGUAGAAGGUUCACUGAGAAGGUACAGAAUC